CCGCUUCCUCUUCGGUCCCAGACGUACACAUACACACACAUACACAGGCACACACGCACACACACACACGGAAAGACACGCAAGCCGGCACAGCCACCCUUCCAUCCGGCUUCAAUGUCACACAACGGCAGCAUGGCCUGCAGGGACCAGGUUCUGGUAGCAUUGCUUCUCGCAUGUUUCACCAGCAAGACUGCGCCUCUCAGCCUGCCAGUGACAGAGAAUUGUCUCCAGGUGUCAGAAAUAGAAGAGUUCCACCUGCAGGGAGAAGCUGUGGUCCUCAGCUGCCCCAAAGCGGAAAGGGUCGUGCUCAAAAAUCGGCUGCUGCACACCCCUGGGUACACCCAGCACUUCGCCGGCGCCGCCAUGAGGCCCCUGGACACUAAUGGUCGCGUGAGGGACCGUGGCCGGCGUCUCUGGUUCCUACCUGCUCAGACCUCCGAUACCGGCAACUACACCUGUGUCUUCAGGAACAGGACGUUUUGCAUCGCCGGGAUCAUCUCUCUGCAGGUGUAUGAGAGGAAAGGGCCCCAUCUGGACAUGAUCUCAUACCCCAACUUCGUCUUUCCAGGCCACACCGGGUUGGUUGUGUGCCCCAACCUGAAGGAGUACAACAGAACUGGAAACCUCCAGUGGUUCAAGGAAUCGACCCCCAUAGAGCUCUCUGUCAACGGCACACGGUACCACCAGCAGGAGGCCAAUGUGCUGGCCAUCCAAGACAUCAAUCCUCAGGACAAGGGCUUCUACACCUGUGAGCUGUGGAUUCUCUUUGACCAAACGCGCUUCAAGAUUACCAGGACCAUCAAGCUUGUUGUGGCAGCACCCGAGGAAGAAACCACGACCCUACAGACCAGCCCCGCUGUGAUCCCAACACGACCGCCUCACCCCCCUGAGAUUGUCUACCCUGCCCAUGGAGAUGUGUUCAUAGCCAUCAUAGACUCCACUUUGGAAAUUCCAUGCAGGGUGUCCACAGGCGACCAGCCGGCCAAUUCCACUGAGGUCACAUGGUUGGUGAACGGCUUGAACAUAGAGGAGUCUGUCCUGCGGGGUCGAGCUUUUCUUGGAGAGAGAGUCAUCAGCAGAAGUGAGCGCACCCUCAUCGAGCUGAAGAUCAUCAUACUGGAGCUCCAUGAGGAAGACAGCAGCGCGGAGAUAAAAUGCGUCGCUCGUAGUCCGGGGGGCCGCCGGGACGUCGUGGCUCAGGUCCGAGUGGAAGACCCCUUCGUGUGGCUCACGGUGGGCUGUAUCGGAGCAGCGGCGUUCCUCACCACGGUCUCCCUGUUCCUCUACCUCCUGCUCAAACCCGAGCGCAAGGACUAUGUUCUGGCCAGGCAGAGCAGCGUGUUGUGAGGGCCACUCUGCCUGCCCCCCCCCCCACACACACACACACCUGGAGAAAUCAGGACCCGAUCACCUGAGGAAUAGGAAUUCAGGCCACCACCA